AUGAAAACCCGAGCCUCCACCGCGGCCCCGGCCCGGCGUGCUCCACCACGAGCUGUCAAGUCUCGUGAGGUCGCUUCUGCCGGCGCAUCGGCUCGCAGCUCGUCAAACCGCCGUGCUACACGAAGCGCAGCCGUCAAGAUCCACCGCGCGCUGGGUGCCGACGAUGAAUCUGAAUCCGCAUCCGAUGCCGAGUCGUCAGAUGCAAGUAGCGGCUUCACAUCUUCCUCUCAUUCCGUCAAACGUACCCGUCCACUCCGGCGCAAAGCUGGGCCGGCUGCCAAGCGUCGGCGGCUACGCGCAGACGAUGAUGACGAUACGAGUGAUGGUGAUGCCGAUGAUGACGACCUAGUGCAAAAUGACGGCGCCUACCUGUCGCCAUCUUCUCACGUCGAUGUAGUUCGCAUUGCAUCUGCGGCGGUUGCGGCCAAGAUGCGAAAGGGCAAGACCUCAGCUCGGACUGCCCGUGCUCGGAAAGCUUCGUCCAGGUCGACACCCAAGAAGGCUAGGCGUGCAGAAGCGCCUGGGCCGGCUUUCAUUGAGAACAAGGUUGUUCCUGCAUGGAACCGCCUUCCAUACUUGAUCCUUGUCCAGAUUUUCACGUUCGCUUCGGCGCCGUUGAGCAAAUCAGACAAUGUACGGCUACUGUUGGGCCUGAGCAGGACAUGUCGUGCAUUCGCCGAACCAGCUCUGACAGCGUUGUACAAGUCCCCGCCGAUCCUAACCAUGCCUAUGGCGCACGGCCUGGCGGCACUGCUGGAACGAAACCCUUCAGAGACUAUGUUCAACUACCGCCAGAAGAUCGAGUCGUUAUGUGUUGAAGUUGGCGGAAUCGCGACUCUCACAUACAGAGGCCAGCACCUCGAUAUUACGGCAAUGGUUGCCAGGUGCCCCCGCCUGGUUGACGUCGCGCUUUCUCACCGAAAGGAUGAGGCGCCCUUCCGCAGCCUGGAUGAUAACCUGAAAUGGACAUAUCCGUCUGCGUUGCUGAAGGCGUUGGGUCCGACUGAGCCUGGCGACAGCAACGGCACCCUGUCUUUGAGACUGAAGAGCUGGCGAUGGAACUGGAGAAUGAUGCCACGCGAAAUGUCAUUCGACGAGCUCAGGAUUCUACACAUGUCAUCCUGCCUCAGCACCUUGAGAAGUGUCACAUUUGUAAACUACCAGCGACCGUCGCUGCAGGCCAAAGACGCCGAGGAUCCGGAGGUCGUUGCUCAAGAUCAAGCCGCCGCCGAGGCACUCGCGGGCUGUAUCGGCGCAUUACCCAACCUCACCCAUCUGGCCAUCGAGUCCUCCACUGCGGCAAACGAGCUGCUUCUUCCGCUUCUACCAAAGCAACUGCAGCAUCUCGAGCUCGUCAACUGUUGGGAUGUGACGGCGGAGCAUUUCGCCGAAUAUUUGUUGACACACGGUAGUCAGCUUCGAUACCUAACUCUGAACCACAACCAGUCUCUCAGCCUCGAGUUUCUGCCCAUUCUUGGAGAAGCCUGCCCCAACCUGCGCGGCCUUCGUAUGGAUCUGAUCUACUACAACCAUCACGAGUUUUAUAACGACUCCAACCCGCUCUAUGCGCAGCUGCUCUCAUCGACGCAGGUCCCCAACUGGCCGCGCAGCAUCGAAGUCAUCGAACUGGAACAGCUGCGUAAGUGGGAUGCUGAAGCAGCCGAGAUGUUUUUCCAGUCCUUGGUCGACAGCGCCCCAAAUCUGCCAAUGCUACGGCACCUCUCCAUCAAGGCGAUGCUCGACAUCCCAUGGCGGCAGCGGAGUGAGCUGCGGGACAAAUGGGUUGCUAGACUCGAUGCUGUCUUCCGGCGCAAAAGCGAGCCGCCCCUCCCUAUCUACAGCUUACGUGUCGAUGAGGUCCAGGAGCCCCAGACGCCUCCCAAGAAACGCAUUCAUCCGAGUGCGAGCCAAACACCGUCACGACGGAGCAAUCGCAUCGCAAAUGUCAAUUCACGGCCAUCGUCUCGCGGCAGCAGCACCGCACGGGGUCUCAGGAAGCUUGACGGGGAGGCGUUCUCCUACCGUGAACCGGACACUGAUGAGGACUUGGGAGAGUCCGACUCAGCGCCGGAAAACGCACUUUCUUCUUCCACCAGUGACGGAGGGGCUAGUCCGGCCGUGGCAGAGGGUGCAGAGAAGAGUGAGGUGUUCAUCCACGGGAUGUGCGAAGUGGUCGACAUCCGCUUCGACAAUCAAAAACCACGAGAGGAGCAGUGGGGCAUGGAUGACUUCCUGGACAGCGAGAAUGGCAACUCGGAUGAAGACUGGACGGGCGACAACAAUGUUGACGAGGAGGCCGAGUAUGCUUGGUGA